UACGGAACGGGUUUGUUUGACAUGGGGCUAAUAGGCUAUGGGGUUAUAUGAUGGCGCUCUUUGUUUUUUUGCUACCGUGACAAAUAUGUAUGUAUAUCAUGGUAUUCUCCCAUGAUUCGGUUUGGUUUGCGUUUUCCUUAAGCCACGCGUCGAGUUGAAGUCUGCCAAGAUGAAGUCCCUCUUCACUUUAACCGCGAUCGCCAGCUUAGGUCAAGUUGUGCUCGGUGCACCCCCACGCCCGAGGCAACAGAAUUCAACCGAGUGGACAACCCAGAAAUGGGAUGCGAUUGUUAUCGGUGCCGGAACUGCUGGAAUUAUUGUGGCGGAUAGGUUGAGUGAGGCCGGCAAGAAGACACUUCUCUUGGAGUUUGGUGGUUCUUCAUAUGGAAUUACGGGAGGUACUGAGAAACCGGAAUGGCUUGAUGGAACAUCUCUUAGCCGGGUUGAUGUACCUGGGCUAUACAAGAGCAUCUUCGGCGGUAACACGGAUCUGCUUUGCCCGGCGGACGUUGUCAACGGCUUCCAGGCGUGCACCAUUGGCGGUAACAGUGCCAUCAACGCUGGGUUGUAUUUCCAGCCUCCAGCUUCCGACUGGGACGACUAUCACCCCUCCGGGUGGAAGAGUGCCGAUGUUGAAGAGGCAACACAAAGACUUAUAGACACACAACCUUCAGUCACUACCUACUCACGCGAUGAAAAAUUCUAUAUGCAGAGUGGUUAUGAUGCUGCCAAGAAAUGGCUGGUUGAUGGCGCUGGAUUUGCUGAUGUGUCUUUCAAUGAAGACCCGGAUAACAAGGAGAAGGUCUUUGGGCGGCCAAUCUACAAUUAUAUCAAUGGCCAGCGAGGUGGACCGGCACGAACAUAUCUCCAGAAUGCCUUGAAGAGAACCAACUUCCGUCUCCAGGCCGGUGCCCGCGUCAAGCAUAUCAACCACAUUGCCGGUGUCGCUUCUGGUGUCACUGCCAUCAUCGAUGGCUCGACGGUUCGAAUUCCCCUAUCUUCGGAUGGUCGAGUUGUUGUGAGCGCCGGUGCCCUUAGCUCACCGGGUCUUCUCAUGCAUUCUGGAAUUGGCCCGGCUGAGACACUCGUCAACAUCACCAAAGCCGGGUCCGCGCCUUUUAACUCCUCAAGCUGGGUCAUUAACCCAUCCGUUGGUCAAGGUCUCUUUGAUAACCCAAAUACAUAUAUCGAAUUGACCGGACCAACGAUUGAAUCAUACGUCCAUGACUAUGAUAACCCCAUCCCAGCAGACAAGAACCUGUAUUUGUCUUCUCGCAGUGGUCCUUACGCCUUCGCAUCUCAGACUUCUGCGUUCUGGAGCUACGUUCCUAACUCCGAUGGCAGCAGGGCCGGUGUCCAAGGCACCAUCGAUUCAUCAGGAUACGGCGACUACACGAAGAACAACACCAUCACCCUCAACAUUUACGGCACAUCUGGCCUAGGAUCGGCGGGAAGCGUUAUCCUAUCGAACGAUGGAAACUUCACACCCGGUCCUAGUUCCGAUGUAUACUACAGCGACCCCCGCGACGCUCAGAACAUUGCGAAGUUCAUCCACUCGAUCUUCCAAGCCCUGCCAGCUUCCACACCCGACUCGCCGGCAAAGGAAGGUCUUACGCCGCUCAACCUUCCCCAGAACUCGACAGUGGAAGAAAUCCGCAAGUAUAUCACCACGUGGUCCAAGUAUGCCGUAGGCUCGGUCCAACACUGGUCUAGCUCAUGCAGAAUCGGAAAGUGUGUGGACGUUGACACGAAGGUUGUUGGUACUAAGAAUAUCCACGUCGUCGAUGCUUCUAUUGUCUCGCCUUUGACUGUGAACCCGCAAUUUGGCGUGAUGGUUGCGGGUGAGAAGGGCGCAGAGAGAAUUUUGGCAACUUGGAAUGAUCUAUUGGAGAUCAGCUUAUAAGCACAGAGAUGGGAUUAUUUAAUCAUAUAGACAGCGUUGAUUUCGUACCAUAAGAUGUAAUAAUAGUAUUGCAUUUAGAAGCAUAA